GCUGGGGUCCUUUGGAAAUCCCUGACAAGUUGCUGUAUUUCUUCAGCUAAAUUCAGGUGGCUAACGUGACUGAGUUCUGCUGAUGCUAUCGAAAAAGACGUGGAAAUUUACAGACUGGUUAUUUAGUUAACAUAUGACAGAAAAAUUGUCAUUAGAAUGAAUGGGACAGCAUACUCAAACUUUGACAAUCAAGAACAUGUCCUCAAAUUAGGCGAAACUUUCGAGAAACAACCAAAAAGUGCUUUCCAUACGGUACGAUAUGACUUUAAACCAGCAUCAAUAGACACUACAUGUGAGGGGGAUCUGGAAGUUGGAAAAGGGGAACAAGUCACUAUAACAUUGCCUAACUUGGAGGGAUCCACUGCUCCAGUUACAGUGUUUAAAGGAUCCAAAAGGCCUUAUAUGAAGGAGUGCAUUCUUAUUGUAAACCAUGACACAGGAGAAUAUCGUCUGGAGAAGCUUAGUAGCAAUAUUUCGGUCAAAAAGACCAGAGCGGAGGGCAGCAGUAAGAUCCAGUCACGUCUGGAGCAGCAGACCACUAGGCUCAGUCAGCAAAUGAAGAGUGGCAAUGGAGGGAAAGUCCCAAACAAUUCCAAGAGCUCCCCUGCUAAAGAAAAGUUGUCUCCUGCUUCUCCCAUGGAUGACAUUGAGAAAGAAUUGAUGGCUGAAGCACGAGUGAUGGACCAGAUGAGCAGUGGUGACAGCUCCUCCGACUCUCAAAGCUCCUCCUCAUCUAGCAGUGAGGACAGCUCGAGCAGCAGCGACUCUGAAGAUGAAAAUCAGCCUUCAUCAGGCAGAUCUCACACAGUGCCUGCGCCCACCCAGAGCAUGCCCAUCCUCACUUCUCAGGAGCGCUUCGAGGAUGGCGGUGGACACCUCAUGAACACGCUCAAAAAUGAUCUUCAGUUGAGUGAAUCUGGCAGUGAGAGUGAUGACUGAAAGCAGAAGGACUUAAGGCACACUCCUUGUCGUGGAACUGAGAGAUGGGGUCAUCAGGACAUGCCUGGUCACAAACACUGUGAUAUGGGGAUUUUUAAUUACCUUUAAACUUUUUUUUUUCUUUCUUCAGAACAGCAGUGUUUUGUCAACACUAGACAUGCUGUGUGGUUGACAGGUUGAAAGCUGUGAAAUUUUUCAUAUGAAUUUAAUUAUUUAUUUUGUUAAAUGCAAGUGUGUAGAACCUAUUUCAGUAGUUUCUAUAAACACAGUUACUUCCACUCAAAGCAUGUAUAGGUGCCAAAGGUAAAAGAGAAUAUCAUUUAGUUUUGGAGAAAUGUCUUGUUUGUUGUCUGAGGCUAUUUGUUUUAGCUCCAGAUGCAAAAGCAGCAUAUUAUUUGUGGUCUUAAGAUUAUUUGGAAUUGUUGUUAUUCAUUGUACAUUACAAUCUGUAAUAAUUGCAAUCUCAUAUACAGCAGUUUUUGCUUCUAGCCUGCAAUACUUGAAAAUGUCUGUCGUAAUCAGUUAUUCUAAGAAGGUUGCUUUAAACAAUUUUAGUGCUGUAACCUAUAGAUAGGAGGUGCUUUUGAUCAGAAAGGUAACAAGGCAGCUUCAUAUUUAUAGUAAUUUGUAGAUUAAAAUGAAUGUUUUCUGCUUUCCGCUACACUCAUCUAUAUCUUGCUUUGAUUUCUUAUUCUGUGAUGAAGCAACAUUCAGAGAGGUCAAAGAUGUCUGUCGUUAAUUCUGUAUCUCUGCAGAAGUAGAAUAGGAAGAUGGUGUCCUUAAUUAGAGCCUGGUGAUGGAUAUGAUGACUGUGCUUCUACAUAUAGCGCUUUAACAUUAAAGGUGUGUAGAACACAAAAAUAAUAA